AUGAGGGCUCGCUGCCUCAAGGCAGCUGCCUGGGCCCAGUGGCGGGCAGUCUUUCCAGAUUCGGGGACCAGGAUGGCCAAAGAGGGGGAUCCCUGCUUGGCCACAGCCUCCCCUCAGCGGGCGAGUGCAGGGCUCGCGCAGGACAUCACACUGCCGGACUCUCCCCCAGACUCGGGCUCCGAGGCCUACUCCCCCCAGCAGGUGAAUGACCCCCAUCUCCUGCGCACCAUUACCCCUGAGUCCCUGUGCCACGUGGGAGUGCCCUCCCGCCUGGAGCACCCACCUCCACCUCCAGCCCACCUACCAGGCCCUCCGCCGCCCCCGCCACCCCCGCCUCACUACCCUGUCCUGCAGCGGGACCUGUACAUGAAGGCCGAGCCCCCGAUGCCCCCCUACGCUGCCAUGGGGCAGGGGCUGGUGCCCACGGAUCUCCACCACACACAGCAGUCCCAGAUGCUACACCAGCUGCUGAAUCAGCACGGAGCUGAGCUCCCCACACACCCCUCCAAGAAGAGGAAGCACUCCGAAUCACCUCCCAACACCCUUAAUGCCCAGAUGCUGAAUGGAAUGAUCAAACAGGAGCCCGGGACCACGACGACCCUGCCCCCGCACCCAGCUCGAGCCCCUUCCCCACCCUGGCCUCCCCAGGGCCCACUCUCCCCCGGCCCCGGUUCCUUGCCCCUCAGCAUCGCCCGGGUCCAGACGCCACCUUGGCACCCACCGGGUGCACCCUCACCAGGUCUCCUGCAGGACAAUGAUAGCCUUAGUGGCUCCUACCUGGAUCCCAACUACCAAUCCAUCAAGUGGCAACCGCAUCAGCAGAACAAGUGGGCAACGCUGUACGACGCAAACUACAAGGAGCUAGGUCCCCCAAAGGAUCCUUACUCGGAAUACUUCCCCAGCAACAGACGGGUGGACACCACGGAGCAGCUGAAAAGGAUCUCACGCAUGCGGCUGGUGCACUACAGAUACAAGCCUGAAUUUGCAGCCACCGCAGGCAUCGAGGCCACGGCACCAGAGACGGGUGUCAUCGCCCAGGAGGUGAAGGAGAUCCUGCCUGAGGCCGUGAAGGACACUGGAGACGUGGUCUUUGCCAAUGGGAAAACCAUAGAGAACUUCUUGGUGGUGAACAAGGAGCGCAUCUUCAUGGAGAAUGUGGGUGCCGUGAAGGAGCUGUGCAAGCUGACGGACAACCUGGAGACGCGCAUUGACGAGCUGGAGCGCUGGAGCCACAAGCUGGCCAAACUGCGGCGGCUGGACAGCCUCAAGUCCACUGGCAGCUCGGGUGCCUUCAGCCAUGCAGGGAGCCAGUUCAGCCGGGCAGGCAGCGUCCCCCACAAGAAGAGGCCCCCCAAGGUGGCCAGCAAGUCGUCAUCUGUGGUCCCAGACCAGGCCUGCAUCAGCCAGCGCUUCCUGCAGGGAACCAUCAUUGCCCUGGUGGUGGUCAUGGCCUUCAGCGUGGUGUCCAUGUCUACACUGUAUGUGCUGAGCCUGCGCACCGAGGAGGACCUGGUGGAAACCGAUGGCUCUUUUGCUGUGUCCACUUCCUGUCUUCUGGCCCUGCUCCGGCCCCAGCACCCUGGGGGGAGUGAGGCCAGGUGCCCAUGGUCCAGCCAGAGCUUUGGGACCACUCAGCUCCGACAGUCGCCUGUGACCACCGGGCUGCCAGGCACACGGCCCUCUUUGCUGCUGGUUACCACCGGCCUGAGCAGCUCAGCCCCAGGUCCUGUCAUCCCCACUUUGGACCUGUGCUCCAGCCGCCCUUGUCCAGUCAUCUGCUGUUCCUCCUCCACCCCCAGCCCUACCCCUGCCCCUAGUCUUGGCUCCAGCUUUAACCCUGGCCAUGGCCUCAGCUCCAGUCCCAGCCCCUCCACCAACCGCUCAGGCCCCGGCCAGAUGGCCCUCCUACCAGUCACCAACAUCAGAGCCAAGUCCUGGGGCCUGUCGGCCAAUGGUAUUGGCCACUCCAAGCAUCCAAAGAGCUCAGAGCCUCUGGCCAGCCCUGAAGUCCCCUUCCCUGGAGGGCAGGGCAAAGCCAAGAACAGCCCCAGCCUUGGUCUCCACGGCCGGGCCCGCAGAGGGCUUCCCCAGCCCGGCCUGAGCCCUGCUCGGCCCACUCGGGCCCAGGGCCAGCCAGCCUCUCUCCUUGCAGACCCAGUGCCCUCCCUGACCUCCAUCCAGGUGCUGGAGAACUCCAUGCCCAUUACUUCCCAGUACUGCGCUCCAGAGGAUGCCUGCAGGCCUGGAAACUUCACCUACCACAUCCCUGUCAGCAGCGGCACCCCGCUGCACCUCAGCCUGACUCUGCAGAUGAACUCUUCGUCUCCCGUGUCUGUGGUGCUGUGCAGCCUGAUGUCAAAGGAGCAGCCGUGUGAGGAGAGGGACUUUCCACAGAGCCUGCACACCUACCAGGACACCCAGGGCACGUCGCACCAGUGGCCAGUGACCAUCCUGUCUUUCCGAGAAUUCACCUACCACUUCCGGGUGGCACUGCUGGGUCAGGCCAACUGCAGCGUGGAGGCCCCGGUCCUGCCGGCCACAGACUACUAUUUCCACUUCUACCGCCUGUGUGACUGA